AUGAUGUCAUGGGCAUUCAAUGCAACUGCAGAACAGACAAGAAGAUCUUUGAGGAUCAAUGAUUGGCCAUGGCUCGAUAAAGUUCAAGUUUUCUUCAUUGUUAUUGCGGUACUCAUGGGAUUAUUUUCUCUUUUCUUUUUAUGUAUUGGAUUCACUGCAACUGGAGGAACAAGAGAAAUUAUGUAUAAAGAUUCGGAUGCUCGUUGUGGAGGAAAAGCUGCAUGUGUCAUUGCUAUGAUCUUCGAUGUUCUUUUGAUAAUAGCCUGGUUAUUCAUUAUCUCAAUAGUCUCAUGGUUAUGUAUAUUCUACUACUUUUUUAAUCGUCUUUGUCUGGAUCUCCCCGGUUACACAGACGGAGACUGUAUUGAUCUCCAUGUCUUCUGGCCACUUGUAUCCUCAUUCGCCAAUUCAAAUCUCCGGAUGUGUGGUGGAGACGUCCAACAAUUUUGUGCCUUGACAUCAACUGCCUUCUCUUGGUAUGUAAUCGGAUGGGUCGGAUGUGUUUUGAUAAUUCUCGGGAUCUUGCUAUUCUUUGGAAUUCACGCCUCAAAUUAUGCUCAUAUUGGAAAUGCAAACAGAUAUGUGGAAUUGGGAAAUCUUCGGAUAGUAGAUCACAGAGAACCUGGAGAUGAUAGAAGUGGCAAAGGGGAAAAAGUAGGAAGAGGUGUUCGUAUCCCAGAUAAAUAUGAGAUCCAGUCGGCGACACAAUGGAGUGAUUCUAGAGCAAAUUAUUCAAUGAGAACAUCAACAAGCCGCCAAGCGGAGCAUAUGUCAGAUUCGAUCAGCCAAUUCGAUUAUCGCAGGGAUAAACGACCAAAACCGGUUUACUAA